AUGGGUGGUGCUAACCGUGAAGGUGGCAAGGUCAAGCCCCUCAAGGCGGCCAAGAAGGACAAGAAGGAGCUUGACGAGGACGAUUUGGCUUUCCUCGAGAAGAAGCGCGCUGACGAGAAGGCACGCAAGGACCUGGCUGACAAGGCCAAGGGCAAGGGCCCUCUGAACACGGGCAACCAGGGCAUCAAGAAGAGCGGCAAGAAAUAA